ACAUCGAGUGUGACCUGAGAUGCGAUAUGAAGUCUGAGAUGAAAUCGGAUCCAAAACCGGGAGAAUUCAUAUUAAGGACUCUUUUCGCAGAGUUCGGUGUUUUGGCCCAAAAGAAGAUCGAUUACGUCUUGUGUUCGGAACCGUUGGAGAGACCGCUCUCUAAGUCUUUACAGAGAGGAGAAGAUCCCGUGUUUGACCAGUUGUUGACCGCUUUCGGGUCAGUGGCUGAACACUGUCUGCCAUCGCUGUUGAGGACACUGUUUGCGUGGUAUGACAGACAACUGGAGGACAAAGAGCUGACUGCGUCCCAGACCUCGCAGACCAGUGUCGACCACAAGAGCGUCAAAUCGUUGUCUGACUCGCAGUCGAAGGCGACGGCGAAGAAUCUGACGAACAGUGAGAGCACCGAAAGGGCUGAACAAUACUAUUUGCUGGAGAAGAGAGAUCUGGCCGUUGAGUUCAUCUUCUGUCUCGUUCUCAUAGAAGUACUCAAACAGUUGUCAUUACAUCCCGGGUAUGAAGAGCUCACGAAUCACAUCGAAGUGUUGGCCUUCAAGCACUUCCGGUUCCGCGAAGACGCCCAAAAUGACCCGAAUCUGCAGAACAUUAAUAUGAUUGCAGAUCUUUACGCCGAAGUGAUCGGAGUGUUGACUCACUCACGCUUUCAAUCCGUCCGCAAGAGGUUUAUGAAUGAGUUUAAAGAGUUGCGAAACAAAGACCCGAAUCCUAUCACAACUCAUAGCAUAAUAAGUCUGUUAAUGGGAAUGAAGUUCUUUCGGAUCAAAAUGGUUCCGAUCGAGGAGUUUGAGGCCUCGUUUCAGUUUAUGCACGAAUGCGCCCAAUAUUUCCUCGAAGUGAAAGACAAAGACAUUAAGCACGCGUUGGCCGGACUCUUCGUCGAGAUACUGGUUCCCGUGGCCGCCACUGUCAAGAACGAGGUGAACGUUCCCUGUCUUAAGAAUUUUGUUGAGAUGUUAUACCCGCCGACACUCGACUUGUGUACCAAAAAGAAACACAGUUUAGCGCUCUUCCCACUCGUCACGUGCCUUCUCUGUGUCAGUCAGAAGACAUUCUUCCUAAUGAAUUGGCAUUACUUUCUGGCGAUGUGUUUACAGCACCUCAAGAAUAGGGAUCCGAAGAUGUGUAGAGUAGCGCUCGAGUCGUUAUAUCGACUGCUUUGGGUGUAUAUGAUUCGCAUCAAAUGCGAGAGCAAUACCGCCACUCAAAGCCGACUCCACAGUAUUGUCAACUCUCUGUUCCCGAAGGGAUCUAAAGCCGUUGUGCCCAGAGAUACACCGCUUAAUAUAUUUGUCAAAAUUAUCCUAUUUAUAGCUCAGGAAAGGCUUGACUUUGCAAUGAAAGAAAUAGUAUUUGAUUUGCUAUCAGUCGGGCGUUCAAUAAAAAUUAUUCUCACACCAGAGCGGAUGUCUAUUGGUUUGCGCUCUUUCUUAGUGGUGGCCGAUAGUCUUCAGCAAAAGGAUGGAGAGCCACCGAUGCCCAGAACAGUGGGAGUUCUUCCCUCAGGCAAUACAUUGCGCGUAAAGAAGACAUUCUUAAAUAAAAUGCUAACCGAAGAGAUGGCGAGGACUAUAGGAAUGAAUCACUACUACCCUUAUGUGCGAAAGACAUUGAGUGAUAUUCUGCGCGCACUCGAUGUGCAGUUCGGUCGGCCUUUAAUGAUGACAAACGUCCAGAAUAUGAACAAAGAACCGGAUGAUAUGAUUACUGGCGAACGCAAACCCAAAAUCGAUUUGUUUCGCACGUGUGUUGCGGCUGUUCCGCGUCUUAUUCCCGAUGGUAUGUCUAAACAAGAUUUAGUGGAUCUCUUGGCCCGACUCACAGUCCAUAUGGACGAAGAGAUGAAAGGUUUGGCUUUUCAAUCACUACAGAAUAUGAUCGUUGAUUUCCCCGAUUGGCGCGAAGAUGUUAUCGAAGGGUUUAUUCAUUUCCUGUUGCAUGAAAUCAAUGACUCGUUUCCCACUUUAAUUGAUAAUUCAUUGCGAAUGUUAUUGCAAUUGUUGACGAGUUGGAAGCAUUCGCUUCAACAUAACAAUAACGGCAAUCAAAACAAAGAUCAGACUUGUGCUGAACCGGGUUUGGUUGUGACCAAAAAUGAACACUUAUCUAAUGUGUUACAUAAUGUCGAGGCAUUAGCUUUAGUGAUGCUCUGCUAUUGUCGUCAACCCGUCCGUCGCAUUGCCGCCCAUAUUCUCAAAGAGAUUAAAUUGUUGUUUAAAUUGCUGUUUGCGGACAAAGAAUGCGAUGAAGCGGUGGCUUCUGUUAUGGACAGAAUAUGUCCACAAGUGGUGGAAUUGAGUUUUCCAUAUUUGCCCUCAAGUGAGAAGUCUAUGAUAAUAGCAGUCUCUAUGAAUGUGGACCUCCAUUGGUUGGCCGAACGAAGCGGAAGUGCUUGGGUUUCGGGUCAGACAGAAGUAGAGAAUGAGUCAAUUAAUAAGACAGACAAUUGUGAGACACAAAUUGACACCGAGUCAAAGAUGAACGCCUGGUCCGUGUGUUUCAUGGCUUUAAUCGAUGAAGUAGUCAAAUGUUGUCCAUCUGUAAUAUCCCUUUCGUGGCCAUUGAUAUGCCAUCGUUUGAAUACAUUGUUCACACACUUAGACCCAAAUCCGGUCAGCGAUAACAGAGCGACUGCUUUAUUAAGAGGAACCACUUCUACAGUGAAAAAGUCGUCAACAGAGCGAGACUUUUAUUUAGAACUGUGGAAAAAUUACUUGAUGUACACGUGCCGUAUCGCACCCGCAAAUAUCACUAAUUGCUUAGCAUCCGUCAGAUAUAUACCGGACGAGACCUGUGCCUCUCCUGACAGUCUGUCAUCUGAGAGAUCAGUGGAGAACAGGUCUCCGAUGAACCGAGGAGUGAGCGCUCAAAGCCUUUUCAAACAAAUUAUACCACUCUUACGAAGCGAACAAAACGAUUUGGGAAAUGCUGUCGUUUUAGGUGUCUCUCAUGUCAACCAAUUUGUGUUUAAAGAGCUUAUGGAAGAACUCGUGCCGUAUAUUAGAGAAGCUUUUGAUCGAAAACAAGAGAAUCUGAGGCGAAGGAAGAGACGAGAAAUGUUAAGAAUACAAAUAUCAAGACUCUUAAAACUCAUAUCCGAUCGAAAUAUUUUAGGUUUGAGUCAAUGUGUUAUCGAUAGAGACGCCGGUUGUCUGAGCAAUACGUUCAUUGAGUACAUCGAUGGCGCCCGACUUUACUUAGAGACUGAGACCGACAAAGACUCAAACUCUUUGGUCCAAGACAUCAAACAGUCGUUUUGUUCAUUCAUAUACCGAUUGAUCAAAAGCUUUUCGAUUGAAAUUCGACCCAAUCUUUUAAGUCGCGAAUUGAGACGAAAUCUGUUUUAUUUGUUCGCCUCUUGGAGUGGAGAUUAUGGCAAUCAUGUGUUUAUUAAUUAUAAACAACACAAUUACGCCGAGGCGUUGAAACCCAUCACUGAAUUGGAGUACUUCUCGCUAUCGGCUAUGUCUUCAGUGCUAUGCUGUGGCUCUAUCUUUGAUCCGCAAUGUCUUUUCGAUGAGAGCAAUCUCUAUGUAUGGCUCAAUCAUUUGCUAAGCAGUAAACAAGAAAAAGUGACUGAACUCGCACUCGAGACCAUUGUCCUACUGCUUGAGUACAACACAGACUCGGGUUCUCUAUUGGAUUGGUUGGUGGACUCGUGUUUCACCAAAGAGACCAACAUCUCUGACGGCUGUUUCAAAGCGAUCGCCACAAUAUUUUCUGUUCGCGAAUAUCCGUGCGAUCAUUACAUCGCUAUCAUAAACGUGACGCUAAUGAACAUCGGGUGCCCGCGAGCGCACAUCCAUCAGUUGGCGUUGCAUUUGUUGCAUAUACUCGACAAUCGAUUCUUUGGCUCUAAGACUAAUGACAUUUUGAGUGAUGAAUAUCGGCUCAUGAAGGAUGACAUCGAAGAAGAAAAUGUUGGAUUAAAUGAAUUUGAUUUUGACAAUCAUUACAACGAUGUGUCAGAAAUUCAUUUACGACGAAAAUAUACCAAAUAUGAAAACAAUUACGAGCCGUUGCUUUCAAAUGUGUAUCCGUGCUCUCAGUUAGAGAUAUCUCGCCGUAUGGCUCACUUCCAUCCACAGCUAUCAAUGCCUGUCUUUUCUGAGAUCACGUGUCGAUUCCAAACCGCAAAACCGACGGUUUGUCAGAAUUUGCUGCAAUACUUGAUUCCAUGGCUCUAUAAUAUAGAAUUGGUUGAUCCAAACAUCACUCCAUCACAGAAUCCAUUUACUAUUUAUUCCGAGGCAAAUGACUUGGAUAUGGACAACAAGUUUGCCAAAGAAGGCUGGGGUUCAGUGGAAGCGUCGGAAAUGGUAUUAAAUAAUUUGUUUUAUAUUACUGUCAAAUUUGGCGACUAUUAUCCUAAAGAGAUAGAGGAUGUGUGGUCUGCGUUGUGUGCCUUUUGGCCAAACAAUCUGCGAAUAAUUAUCCGAUACCUGUUUAUAUUGACGGGUUUGGCCAAUGAUUUGCUCCCAUCGGCCAAACGAGUUGUCAUCUAUUUGUCACAUUCAAAAGCCGAGGGUUUAAUCGACGAACUUAUGUCCGAAUUGCAAACAGUCGAGUCAUUGAAUUGUUUGACUGAACGGACAGAAGCGCCGCCUUUUUUCCGGAUAACAAGCAUAAGGAAAGGCAGCGGGCAUUCAGAGGACGGCUGUGUUAACGGCUCGAACGGUAACUCUGAAGGCGGGAACUCUACUGUCGUUACAUUCAACGAAUCGGGAACUCUUCACACCAAAAGACACAGCGCUGCCGAAGGCAUAACAGGCGAACGCUAUUGUUGUUACAAUAACUGUCUUAAUGACAAUUGUAAACUCGAUAUUUGCUGCAAAAAUGACAAAAUGCACGGCUUUUGUGACGAGCAGUUUAUUAAAGAGCAUUAUAUGUCAAAUCAAUCACAAAAACCAAUGACACCGCAACCAAGACCUCUGCCAAUGCCUGAAUUCGGCGGUUAUUACGCGCCGUUGACUGAAUUCCUGCCGACGACCGGACAGCCGGUGGUGGGCUUUCAUCGCUGCAAUUUGGCGCUUAUGCUUCUCUCAGAUCUGAUGAUUGAUGGCAUAUCACUGGACUGGACGCCACACAUACCUCUUAUGCUUCACAUUAUAUUUCUCGGUUUAGAUCACAAUCGAUCUCUAGUUCACGAACACUGCAAACAACUUCUCCUUAAUUUAGUGAUAGUUAUGACUCAACACAACGACCAUUUGAAUGUCGCCCGCAUUCUUCUUAGUAACCGAACCCAACAAUUGGGGUACGGAUUGGGAACGGGAACUGGCAUUACAUCCAACACCACUAAUCCGGUGAUCAAUUUUAUUGAUCCGCCGAACGCCAAGACUUUCAAUUCCAAUUCAAACGGCAGUUCCCGUCAAAGCAGUUUAGGCCGCAAUAAGAGUCGUUCCGUUUUCACCGGUAUAUUACUUGCGAAAGACAAGAACCAAAUGAAACCCAUUGAAGACUCCAAUGUCAAAGAGACCGAAACUACCGACGAUUCGAAUACAGCGGACACUAAAACACACUAUUCUCUCGAAACGCUCAUUAAAUGUCUGAUUGAAUUCUUAUCAGCAAAAAGAGGAGUUCCUCUUUGGAACUACGAGGACAUUACAGCCAAAGUGUGGUCAAUCCGUUCUGCGGAUCAGUUGUCACACUUUAUUGAACACAUUUUAUAUGUGUUCAAAGAAUCACUUCCAGCGGCUAAGAUCGAGGAGCGAUGGUCUGAGAUAUCGCUGCAGUUGGCGCUGUCUUGUUCUUCACGUCACUACGCGGGCCGUUCUCUUCAGAUAUUCCGUGCGCUUAGAAUGCCUUUGAAUUCAAGGAUGUUAUCCGAUAUAUUGUCGCGUUUAGUGGAGACGGUGUCAGAACAGGGGGAGGAUAUGCAGGGAUACGUAACCGAACUCAUGCUUACAUUAGAAGCGGCGGUCGAUUCGCUUGAUUCGGAUCCUCGUCUCUUCGGAGAACUCGUCCGAGAGUUCUUCAAAUCGACACCGAAUUUGAAUUCAAAUAACAGACGGAGCGCACCCGUCGGCACCACCUCUUCCAUUGCCAACACUUCAAUGAGCAGCUCAUCCACUGUUGUGUCCAAUAGUUUGCCGGCGAGUGUCUCAUCAGCUCCACUAAUGCGCCACCAAAUGGCGGCUCAAACUCACACAAGAAGUACUUCCUAUUCAGUCUCAUAUCCGACCAGAAAAGUAAUGAAUGAAUUGAAUCAUUCAGAUAUGAGGGAAAUGAGAAGCAGAACUAAUACGGAUUCAGAAACUUAUCGAAAUACCGGAGCCGUUAACAACACAUCAUUGGGUCGAUCGAGAAGUGCUCAGUCUUUAAAGACAUUGGAAGAGCAACAGUAUAUGACGAUUGACGACAAGACAUCACUAUUGGCCCAAUUCUUUUGGAUAGCAGUCGUAAUGCUUGAAACCGAUUACGAACACGAAUUCCUUCUGGCAUUACGUCUAUUCGACAAACUGUUGUCGAAAUUAAUCGUAAUGCUUGAAACCGAUUACGAACACGAAUUCCUUCUGGCAUUACGUCUAUUCGACAAACUGUUGUCGAAAUUAAGUUUAGAUAAAAGCGAUUCUCAAGAAAAAGUGGAAAAGAUAUUUAUGCAAAUGAAAUGGAAUCAGUUUCCAGGCGUUCACUCCCUGUUGUUGAAGGGCUGUACGUCUCCGAUCACAUACGAGCCCACAAUGAAUCUGUUGCACAAAAUGACUCCUUUGCUUGAAAUCAAAGUCAUCGACCCCUCAGAAUCGGCCAAUUCUUUUCCCUAUCAUAUUAUGUCUCAAUUGCCGUAUCUUUUGCUUAAUUAUGACGAACCCAACUCUCUGUGCACUCAAGCGGCUGAGAAUAUAGCGCUUUGGUGUACAGAAAAAUCUAAAAAACUGGACAAUUUGGCAACAGUUAUGAUGCUAUACAGCAGACGC